ACAAAAGGAUUAAAAUAUUGUCUUAAAGUUAAAUACAAUUUGUUUUUUUAAACAGAUAUUGGUCUUUUCAGUGGGAUAUGGUGGUGGCCCGUUGAUUAUGCCUUGCACUGAUUGAAUGGCAUUGACUUAUAGUCUCCAUAAAUCCUCAUGUCGAUCAAUUUUCAUCUCCCUAACAAAUGAUAUGGAUGUGAAUCUACAAGAGUUCGCAAUUAUUGGGCUCUUUUCCUUAAUCCUUUUCUACUUUCUAUUACUUAGAACGACAAAGAUUGCUCGAGCUAGCAAUGCUAGGGAAGCUCCUGAACCAACUGGUGCUUGGCCAAUAAUCGGCCACCUCCACCAACUUGCUGCUGCUAAUCAGCUCCUUCACGAGACGCUUGGAAUGAUGGCUGAUAAGUAUGGGCCUGCCUUAUGUAUCCAACAAGGAAGUCGCCGCGCUUUUGUGGUGUCUAGUUGGAAAGUGGCAAAGGAAUGCUUCACCACUAAUGACAAAGCCUUUGCUUCCCGUCCCAUCACAGCAGCAACAAAGCACAUGUGCUAUAACAAUGCAGUGUUUGGGUUCGCACCCUACAGUCACCACUGGCGUGAUAUGCGAAAGAUAGUCGUGCUUGAACUUCUCUCAAAUCGUAGACUUGAGGUGAUCAAGAACAUCCAGGAAUCCGAAAUUGAUGCAGGAAUAAAAAAGAUUUUCUAUCUUUGGGCUGAAAACAAGAAAAUAAGCCUUCCUGUGCUUGUUGAACUUAAACAAUGGUCAGAGGAUAUUACAUCCAGUGUAAUUGUUAGAGCAGUAGCCGGAAAAUGUUAUACUGAUGCAUCUAAUGAUGUCGAGGCAAGACAGUUCCAGAAGGCAAUUGCUGAAUUCUUUCGCUUGAUUAGCAUUUUUGUUGUAUCAGAUGCAUUUCCAUUUCUAUGGUGGUUGGAUUUGCAGGGAUAUCAGAGGGCAAUGAAGAAGGCAGCAAAGGAAUUGGAUACUAUACUUGGAGGAUGGCUUAAUGAACAUCGCCAAAGAAAACGUUCAGGACUCGUCAGGCCUGAAGAUGAGCAAGACUUCAUUGAUAGAAUGUUGUUAGCCGAGGAGGCAGGGCAUUUAUCAGGUUUUCCAUAUGACGCAGAUACUAGCAUAAAGUCUACCUGUUUGGCUGUUGUAACAGGUGCAAGUGAUGCCACAGCAACAACGUUGACAUGGGCAAUAUCAUUACUCCUGAACAAUCGCAUUGCAUUAGAGAAGGCGCAAAAAGAGCUAGACCUUCAUGUGGGAAGAAAACGUCCAGUAAAAGAAUCCGAUAUUAAAAAUCUUAUCUAUCUUCAAGCUAUAAUCAAAGAAACCCUCCGGCUAUCUCCCGUAGCUCCACUCUCAGGACCAAGGGAGGCCAUGGAAGAUUGUGAAGUAGCAGGUUAUCAUAUCAGAGCAGGAACUCGUCUGAUAGUAAAUGUAUGGAAGAUUCAAAGGGAUCCAAAGGUUUGGGCAAACCCAUUAGAUUUUGAACCAGAGAGAUUUCUCACGACCCAUGUGGAUAUUGAUGUCAGGGGCCAAGAUUUUAAGCUGAUUCCAUUUGGUUGUGGUAGAAGAGUAUGCCCAGGUUCAUCAUUUGCACUUCAAGCUCUUCACUUAACACUUGCGAGACUUCUUCAUGCGUUUGAUUUGGCAACUUUUAAGGAUCAGGGCGUUGACAUGACUGGCAUGUCAGGAAUGAAUACGGCAAGAGCAACUCCCUUAGAGGUUGUGCUUUCCCCUCGUCUCCCCGAAAACCUCUAUUGUUAAAAGGAUUAAAGCGCUUUUUAUUUACCCUACUUUAAUAAUAACGCCAGCAAAAGGGUUCUCUUUGGCUUACAAUUUAACUUUGAAGGCUUCUGCUUCACUGAUUUUUGUCCUGGAGAAGUAUUUUUUUCUAUUUUCUCGCGCGUUCGUGUGUUUAUUUGUCCUUUGGUUAUUAAAGAAUGUGAAGUGGGUUUUCACUUGUUCAAGAAGGGCCCAGAAUAAAGCCUUGAUUUCACUUCCCACCUCCUUAGUAUAAUCGAAAGAUAGAGAGGAAAGCAAAUCAAAGAAGUGAUUCCAAAUCAUCCCAAUAGAAAAAAUGAUAAGAGGGCAACGCUAAUGUCGUCAAUUUUAUUGAACUAACAACCGAUAAGAGCUUUCUCUCUAUGACUUGGUUUCGGGUACAAGUAAUUUUCUAUUGUUCGUUCAUAUCAGAGAUUAAACCCUAGUUGUGCUUUUAUCAGAUUAAACCCUAUUGGAUUGCUGCAAAAGAAUGGACAUUUUAAUGUAAACUGAAGUACCUGUUAGUUCUCUUUUA